GGAGAGAGCAAGAAGAAGAAACAGCUAGAAUGGCCAGUGAGGAGGAGGUGCAGGUGGUAGAGUCCUGCUUGGUAACGCCGUCUGCAGACACGCCGAGAAAUGCGCUCCAACUCUCGCAAAUCGACCUCAUGCUAGCCAACGUAGGCUACACUCCACUCCUCCACUUCUACCGCCAACGACACGCCGCCACCGACGACUUCUUUGAUGUGACCAGGUUAAAGACGGCGUUGGGCAAGACGCUUGUGGCCUUCUACCCCAUGGCCGGCCGCUUCAGGGUGGCCGCCGAUGGCAGGUUGGAGAUCGACUGCAACGGUAAGGGCAUGCUCUUCCUUGUGGCUCACUCGUGUCUCACCGUCGACGACUUUAGCGACUUCAAGCCAUCACCUAAGCUAAGGAGGUUGUUUGUUCCCCAUGUCGACGACUCAGCCAACCUCUUGUGUGCCACCCAGGUGACAUUCUUCAAGUGCGGCGGGGUGGCCUUAGGGACAGUAACGCACCAUGCCGCUAUGGAUGGCACAGCCGCGUUCCACUUCUUCCAGACAUGGUCAGCUUUCUCCAGGGAUGGCGACCGGGCUGUGGUGAACCACCCCUGCCAUGACCGCACCCUCUUGUGUGCACGCGACCCACCCGUUGUUCAUCCCGAUGCACUCUCCAUUUUCUUUCCCAAGAUAAACCUAUCAAUGCCAUCGGGGGUCAACGAGGUUGAGAUUUUCACCCUUAGCAAAGCACAACUCUACACUCUCAAGAGCAUCUGCGGUGGCCGUGGCGUGAGCACCUUCAGUGCCGUGAGCGCGCACAUGGGGCAGUGCAUGUGUUUAGCCCGGCGGCUACCCGCGGACUCUACCACGCGCAUCGUGUUCCCAGCCAACUUCCGCCGCAUCACGGUGCCGCCACUCCCGAACAGCUACUUUGGCAACGCGAUGAUAAGGGUAAGUGUCGCCGACGAGGCACGGCGCAUUGCCACGGGCGACCUGGCCUAUAUCGCGUGCCGAAUUAGAGACACUCUUGGCCGGGUGGACGAUGAGCUAGUGCAUUCGGCAAUCAACUACCUCGGCCAAGCAAAGAGGGACGACGGCCUGCUCACUGCAGCAGGCAGUUUGCCGGUGACAGACAUGAGAGUGGUCAGCUGGCUUGGGAUGCCACUGUAUGAUGUGGAUUUCAGAUGGGGAAAGCCAUUGGCUAUGUUGCUUGCUGAAUCAAACCGCAGAGGUUAUGUGCACUUGAUUGGCAGCGGGCAGGGGGAUGGCAGCGUGCGCAUCGUCAUGUGUACAGAGGCUGCAAUCCUCCAGGAGUUCAAGCGAUUGUUCUAUGCCAAGGUCAAGAGCAUGGUGUAUUCCAAGUUCUAGCCGCACCUCCAUUUUUCUUUUUUCUUUUCUUUGAACACCUCCUAUGCUAUGUUGCUUAGCCACGAUUUAUUUUUUAUCUAAGUGCUUGUCGUCGAAUAAUUUGUAUGUCUCGGAGUGUGUAGUGUAGGAGACAUGGACAAGUCUGUGCUUGCUUUUGUUUCAAUGCUGUUAUUUUUCA